GAACUUUUUCUUUCAAUCCUAACAGGAAGACUAUCUUCAAAUGUUAAAAUGAUUGGCAAAAUUCAAGUCAAAGGAAACAAAGAGAAUAAUCGAAAUUGUGGAGGAAUUUCAUAUCUCACUCAAGAGGAUGUGUUUUUGGGAACUCUGACAGUGAGAGAAACCAUUACAUACUCAGCUCAUUUGAGGGUUUCAAAUAAAAUGAGCAAAGAAGAGAUAGAGAAUCUAGUUCAGAAAACAAUAGAAGAAAUGGGAUUAGAACAUUGUGCUGAUAACAAGAUUGGAAAUUGGUAUUUUAGAGGGAUAAGUGGUGGUGAGAAGAAGAGAUUAAGGAUAGGUUUAGAGAUUUUAACACAACCCCAAAUCAUGCUUCUUGAUGAGCCAACCACAGGACUUGACAGUGCUUCUGCCUUCUUUGUGGUCUGUACUCUUAAAAACAUUGCUCAUAAUGGUAGGAUUGUUGUUUGUUCCAUUCACCAACCAAGUGGCUAUCUCUUUGAUCUUUUUGAUGAUUUGUAUCUCCUCUCUGGUGGAGAAGCUGUUUAUUUUGGAGAUGCAAAAUCAGCUGUCAAGUUCUUUGCAGAUGCUGGGUUUCCAUGUCCUACAAAAACAAACCCAACAGAUCACUUCCUUCGAUGUGUUAAUUCAGACUUUGACAAUGUGUCAACUUCAUCAUUUCUGCGUUCUAAUAAAACUUCUAUUUCUACAGAGGAAUCAGGAUCUACUUCACUGACCAAUAUGACCACACAAGAUAUGAAAGAAAUUCUCAUCCAUCAGUACAACAAUUCAGAAUAUGCAACACUUACAAGACAUAAUAUACAACAAAUUAACUCUAAAGAAGUGAUUGUGUUAUCAAACAAAAGCAAAUCAAGUUGGUGGAAGCAAUUGUACACAUUGACAGAUCGUUCAUUUGUAAACAUGAGAAGAGAUGUUGGAUACUAUUGGUUGAGGAUGGUAUUCUACUUGGGUGUAGCUGUAUGUACUGGAACUAUCUACUACAACAUCAAAACUUCAUAUUUGGAUAUCAUUGCAAGAGCCAAGUGUCAAGCUUUUGUUUAUGGCUUCAUGAUUUGUUUAUCCAAUGGAGGCUUACCUUCUUUCAUAGAAGAAAUCAAGGUUUACAACAGUGAAAGGAUAAAAAAUCACUAUGGAGCGGCAGUAGUAAUGAUAUCAAAUUUUAUUUCAUCAUUUCCAUUCUUGUUGGUGACUGCCAUAUCAACAGGGACAAUUAUAUAUGAAAUGGUGAAAUUACAUCCUGGAUUUUCUCACUAUUUCUAUUUUGUUCUUAACCUAUUUUGCUGCCUUUCUGUCAUAGAAACUCUCAUGAUGCUCGUCGCAUCUUUGGUUCCCAAUGUCCUCAUGGGAAUAGGGAUUGGAACUGGUCUAAUUGUGUUUAUGAUGAUGGCAUCUGAAAUCUUCAGACCUAUGUCUGAUAUUCCCAAGUUCUUCUGGCGCUAUCCGAUGUCUUAUAUCAGUUUUGCAUCUUGGGCAUUACAGGGUGUAUAUAAGAAUGACAUGAUUGGUAUAGAAUUCGAUCCAUUAGUAGCUGGAAAUCCAAAGCUGAAAGGUGAAAUAAUUCUCCAAACAAUGUUUGGAAUGCCUUUGGAUCAUUCCAAAUGGUGGGAUUUAGCAGCUCUUGUGUGUUUGUUAAUUUCACACAGAUUAAUAUUUUUCUUGAUCCUCAAAUAUAAAGACACCAUUUCACUACACUGUAAGCUAUAUUUUGACACAGUGGUCCACCAAAUUGGCAAUUUGAGCAGAACAUCUUCUUCAUCACUAAGUCAAAGUUUCAAUGUUGUAUCCAAGAAGAAAAUAAGUACUAGUAAAACUCUCCAUUCCUUAUCUUCCCAAAUGGAUCUUUCUUCUCCUAUGAGACCUAGUUAGUCAUCUUUUUGAAUCUUCCUAUAUUUUGUACUAUUGAACUACAAAGCAUGUAUGAAAAAAGUCUUCUAGUUCAAGAGGUUGGAUGCUUGAGUGUGUUAUUUUCUAAUUUUUUGAGUAAUAAACUCAACCUAAAAAAUGGUUUAAAAUGAC